AUGUCCAGGCAACAUCCGCCUGCUAUAUCCCCCGUCUUGCGUGCGGGCCUCGGGAGUCGUGCACAAGAGUCCGUCGAUGGCUUCUUGAAAGCACUGAAACUACACACUCGACGAUUGAGCUCUGUUAUGGAGGCACAUGCUGCUGAACUUGGAUUACUUGAGAGACUUUACUAUAAGGGCAAGAACCAACAUGGUGCUUCUCUGCUUUGGGGUCGUGUACGCGAAAUGCGUCGAUAUGUGCAGAGAUUACGUGACCUGGACUUGCUUGUGGCGACUCAGAACCUACGCGCUGCUUUCUAUGGCGAGACGACCACGGCAUCGACAAAGAAGUUAAGGGGAUCAUGGACGCACUAUCCGGACUCACGAUACUUGACAUGGCUUCUGCGCCAUCUAAGCACCGCCACAGAACUGGCCGACAAAACUGCAACGAGCAUGCUUCGUGUAUUUGAAUGGAUCAUGUUAUUCAUGCAGAAUGGCGAGUUCUUGCAAAUGACCGUCACUUUCUCGGCUUUGGCAGCACGCUUCCGUCACCUGAGUAUUCAACUACGGCCGCUGGCUCGCCUAAUGCACGAAGAUAUGCGAACCGUACUGGUGGCUCUCUAUCCCGAGAAGGCCAAGAAUGUGUCUUCGCUGACAGCCCAACAACGGACAACCGCACCAAUGCAGAGCGAGCUGAUGACACAAGACGAGGUUACGCAUGCAGACGACCACGACAUGAACAUCGACGAGGACCUUGGUGUAUCCGUGUCUCGUAUACAAUCGAUGUCUGACACCGUUCCUAUCGCUCCAGUGUCCACGUCCAUGACGCUUGACCCGCAUCCCAUCGCGAAACCACCUCCAGUCGUGCACAAAGCAAAGCCAACGAUCUCUGCACCCAAAGGCGGCGGCGUGAUCACUAAGAAGCGGAAGGACGCCGAACCUGCUCCUACACCAGAACCGCAGAAGAAGGUCAAAAAGAAGAAGGCGAAACGCGAUGAGAUUGACGAUAUCUUUGGUUGA